CAGCCGCACUGUUUAUCUUCCGGUACCGAUGUAGAGUAAUACUGUAUAUGUUUCUUUCAAAAUGUAUUCCCAUGGUUCCGAAAGUUUAAUUAAACAAGCGAGGGAGAUUCAGGAAUCUGAGCUGCAGAAGUUUUACAUCAGACUCAUUAAGCUUCUCCAGGUGAAGGAGCUCGGUCAUGAGGCCGUGGACUCCCUGGAAAGGCUGCAUCUCAUUCUUUCUGUCAACAAGUACGCCAGAAUACUGCCUUCAGAGCUUCAGCAGAGGCUUGUAUUACUCCUCCCAGCACCUCAAGAGCAGCUUCAGGUCCUGAGCUCUGCUGUUCUCAGAGAAACGCUGCCCCUCUCUGGUCAGGAGCUGAACUACAAACAAGAAAACAGCCAUGCUGCUGCUCUGUUGCUUUCACAGGCGGGAUCCAAAUCUGAUCUGUCAAAUCUGUGUGCUCAAAUCAUUCGGAGUCUAGAGAGCCGACCAUCAGAAGGACCAGCUCACUCACUCGCACACACCCUCCCAGUCCUCAACACCAUCCUCUCACACAGUCCAGAGUGCCUUACUGAAGACCAUGUGACCCUCCUGAGUAAAAAGCUUGUUGAUUGGCUGCGUUAUGCUAGCAUAAUGCAGGGAGGCGGGGCCUCAACAGGGGGAUUCUUCACAGGAUCCAGAUCUCGCCAGCCAGUGCCUAUAGCAGAGCUGGAUGGGACGACAUCAGGGGAUUUCUUCACAGUGCUCUGCGUGGGGCUGGGCUUCACCGAGGAUCAGUGGAUGAACGUCUAUUCGUUUUCAAUGCUGCGCCACUGGCUUCUUACCUAUCAUUCUGUUUCCAACGCCAACACUGCGCUGGAUACUGCAAACAGGCUACAGCUCAGCCUCUCCCUCUCCCACUCAUUUUCCAUCGAUGAUCGGUCAGAGGUGGACGGGUCAGUGGUUUCCAUGGUUUCAGCUACUUCUUCCUCCAGCCGUCUGCUGCCUCCAAAGGAGCGUCUGAGAGAGAAAGCGUUCCAGUACUGUCAGCGCCUCAUCGAACAGUGCGAUCGCAAGGCAAACAAGAAGACGGACACAGAACUGCAGAAAGCGUGUCUGGUGGAGGCGGUGUGCAUCCUGGAUUGUGUGUGUGUUGAGGAGCCUUCACUGGUCUUCCGAGCGUUCCCGUGCAUAAAGGCUCUCUUUGGCCGGCUCAGCUCUGACCUGUCGUUUGCCAGAGUCCUGCUGCCUAUUGCACAGUUCUACCUCCACUACGCUGAGAUGGCAGCAGUGGACUGUGAGAGUGUGUGGAAGCUGGUGUUUGGCCGGUUUCCGGCCGAGCUGUUCAACGAUCCCUUCCUGGCACACGAGUUUCUGCGCUUCCUUCGACUGAACCUGCAGAGCGUGCAGCUUCGAGCGCCGCUGUACACGCGCUUCUUCCCCAAUCUCCUGAAGUUUUUAGCAUGGGACAGUCCAGCAGUGGUGGACGACUUUGUGGAUCUGCUGCCCUCUCUGGUCACCAAGGGAACUGCAGUGGAGUUGCUUCACACUUUGCUGGAUUUGCCCUGUCUCUCUGCCACACUAGUCUUGCAACUCAGGUCUACGUGUUUGCCCAUCUCGGAGCAGGGCAGUCGAGGCCUCCUGUCAUUGGAUGCCUUUAGAAACCCUUCUUUCAGAGGACUUUUCCUUUUUUUGCUUCGAGGGGAAGCAGGUUCAGGCGACACCAUCGACCGAUUGAGCACACUCCAUGAGCUGCUAGCUGAAGCUGCCGACUGGCCGAGAGUCGUUCGCUGUGCUCAGACGGUUCCCGUUCUUUUGCACAUUUAUUUCAACACAGUCGUUACGGUGGCCGAUGAGAAGCUUUUAGCCCAUUUGAUUCUGGUGAUGCUGGAGAGGAGCAGCCUGCUCCUCAACAUCCCCACAUAUGGCAAGGAGAUACAAAGGGUGUUCAGCUGUCACCUGCUGAGGCUGUGCAAGCUCCACCCCUCUCUGGUGGUGGACCAGUCUCGUGAGCUGCUGGAGUUCGCUGGGACCACAGCCAACGUCUACAGCAAAGAAGAAAUCUAUACUCAUGUGGUGUGGGUGCUGGGUGAGUACCUGUCUGUGUCAUCUGACUCUCGCUGCUCUGUGAGUCUCAUCACUUCCUGUUUCGAAGCUUUGGAGGCGGUGCUGUUUGAGGUCACCUCAUCUGCCCCGUCACCUGGAACGGCAUGCCCCGCCCCUAAAGUAAUCACCACUUUAAUGAGCGCUCUUGCUAAGCUGGCAUCGCGAUCACAUGACCUCAUACCCAGGGUGUCUCUGUUCCUCUCCAAGCUAAGAACAGUAACCAAAAGUGGAUCGGUCCCCUGGUGCUCUGAAGAAGAGGACCUUGUUGCCAUAGUAACACGAGGGGAGGAGUUAUGGUCACUCCUGAAAUCUCCUGGCGUAGCUCAGAGCGUCCUGACCCCACCUCUUCACGUCAUCACACCACAGUGGCACAGGGACACCAAUCUGGCCAUGCCGCUGCAACUGAGACUUCUCACCAGCCUCACACACUCGCAGUGACACACACACAUCAUCAUCAUCUUGCACUGGCACUACUGAAGCAUCAGCUGCACAAAAUGACAUCUCCACCCUGAGAGCUGCAUCCUAAUGAGCAUUAUUUAAUUUUUUUUUGUUUGCACAUCAUUCUUGUAAAUUAAUGAAAUCCUUCUGUGAAACUUGAUUGAAUAUUCAAAAAAUACACAAAUCUCUUGAGUGUUUUGUAACUUUUUUAAUGAAUUAAUUCACAGAAUUUUUUAUUUGACAAAAUAUAUCUUCUGAUUA